AUGAGCGGGACAAGCGUAGAGGCAGGCGGUGACGGCGCACUGAAAAUUGAAGUGCUGGCCACUGGCCUGAUCAGCAGGCCUCAUAACGACUCAUUUGGAGACCGCGGCGCAGCGCCAGCAGACGCAAAGCCUGGUGCCGAAGACGUGGACACGAACAAAGGCAUGCUCUCGAGCGAGGUCGAUGCUGUCGACAGCGUGGCCGCUCCAACGGCUGCCCGGUAUGCGCUCCAGUGUUCGUUGGCUUUGGAAAAAAACGCAGCCAACACACCCAGGGUCCGUCACGCACCGCACACCGUGGAGACCGACUGCAUCAAGGACGGCACAGCGGAGGACGCAGCGAGGCCGAAUCCGAGGAAGCGGCAGGUUGACGAAGCAUUUUCCCCGGCGGGAGUAGCUGGCACCGCGGGGGACUUGCCGCCGUACAUGUCCCGAGACGCAAUCGAGGCGCGGAGGAUAAUCCUGAGCUGCGAUUUGCCGCCCGAGCAGGAUGUCAAGUGGUCCGGGGCGCCGGAUACAGGCCACGAUCCGUCGGAGGAUAGCAUUUUGAGGGAGGUUGGCCGCAGCCCUUGGUUCAUGAAGAAACGCUGA